AUGUCAACUCCUUCAGCUAAAGCUGUACCAACAGGUGCUAAAGCUAAAACGACGACAACAACAACGACUGUUGUUAAAACAACAACUACAACAACAAAACAACCACAAAAAAAAUUGGUUAGUACACUUGGUGUUGGAUCAAAAUUAAAAAAACCUAAAACAACAGCUAGUGGUAAAAAAGUAGUCAAUUCACAUUCAAAUCGAUUAUUAAAUACCAAUGGUCUUAUGCGAUUUUCACGUGGUCGCAUGUUUCAUCGACGUGCAUUAUAUCGUAUCGGUAAAUGGAAAGAACAACAAGCAAAAUUAAAAGAAGAUAAAACUAAAAAAACAGUUGGUAGUAUUCAAAAGAAAAAAAAACGAUUACCAGCACUUAAAAAAAAAACAAUUGGUGGUGAACGAAAUGGUAAAGAACGUCUUGUACGAACAAAACGUUUGCCACGUUUUUAUCCAACUGAAGAACGACCAAAGAAAUUUUCGGUUAAACGAAAAAAAUUCAGCAGUCAUCCACGCCGUUUUCGAUCAACACUUACACCUGGUACCGUUGUUAUUCUUGUUGCUGGAAAACAUGCAGGAAAACGUGUUGUUGUGGUUAAACACUUAUCAUCUGGACUUUUGUUAGUCACUGGUCCAUAUAAAUUGAAUGGUGUAUCAUUACGUCGCGUUAACCAAAUAUAUGUUAUUGCAACAAGUACAAAACUUGAUUUAUCAGCUGGUAAAUUCGAUGAAUUCGAUGAUAAAUUUUUUAAACGUGUUCGUCCAGCUAAAAAAAAUGCUGAAAAAGAUAUCUUCGAUUCAAAGAAAGAGAAACCAAAACUCAGUGAAGAACGUAAUCAAGCACAAACUAAUGUUGAUAAAGUAGUUCUUAAUGCUAUUAAAACUCAUGCCGAUUCACGUAUUCUCCGUCGUUAUCUUAAAAAUCGUUUUCAACUUUGGAAUGGUGUUUUACCACAUAAGUUGAGAUUUUAA